AUGUACGGACUAUACGACUCUACAGUCGCAAACAUUCUGGUAUUCGGGUGCUUCUACGUGAUCCAGAUAACAGUCCCCGCCGUCGUCCUCAUCAGCACGCGCAAAGGGUCCCCCUUACGCUAUCUUUGCGUACCAUGCAUGGUAUGGGUAGCCAGUCGCUUUAUCAGACCCUUCGGCGCGUCCGGUAGUCCAGAAUGGUGUCAGGCAAUAACUCAGCUCAUUAUUGUUACUAUGCAAGCCCUGAACUUUUUGCUGAUCACUUCCAUGGACGGCCAAGAGAUUUCGCGCGGUGCGAAGGGUAUCCAAACAUGUGGAUCUCGAUUAACUACGGCACUUCGCUUGCUUGGUCAGACUCGCGCCGUCAAUACGCCAUGGCAGGUCAAAAAUGUGCCUUGUCAUCCGCUGUAUUACGCCCGACGGGGUAUGGCGGUCCCAAGAAGAGGGCGAUUUCUUCUGCGGCAGUUUGCAAUUGCAGCAUGGCAAUAUCUUGUUCUUGAUAUUGUUCAGACUAUAGCGCAGCAGCAGGCUAUGGGAAAUGACCCUCAAGAACCAGUGCCGUCAGCAAUUGAAUGGACUGUGUCGGCGGUCCAAUGGGUAGAACGGAUCGGCACACAUCUGUCUAUCUGGUUUAUUGUGAAUCGGUUGAUUGGUGAUCUGGCAUACCGAGUUUUGUCAAUCAUUUUCGUGGGGAUUGGAUCUGACUCCGCCUCCGACUGGCCGCCAGCCUGGGGGAGAAUGGGUGAUGCGUUUACAUUGCGCGAUUUUUGGGGAAAGUUCUGGCAUCAGUUUAUGCGCCGGCCCUUUACAUCUAUUAGCAAUUUCGUUUCGCGAGAUGUCCUAAACUUGACGCGAUCUUCGUUAUUGGAGCGAUACACAAAUAUUUCUAUUGUUUUCUUCGUCUCUGCGGUAUUCCACGUCAUUGUUGAUAUACUGCAGAGUAUUCCGACGGAAAAGUCUGGUUCUAUACCAUUCUACCUCGCAUUUAUCCUCGGAAUCAUGUUGGAAGAUGGCGCACAAGAGCUUUGGAAAUAUUUGCAACCCCGAAACGAGCCUGAAAGGGAAGCAAAGACAUCAACAAAGGAGGUUGUUCCCCUUUGGAAACGGUCUAUUGGACUAGUAUGGGUUAUGCUAUGGCUUGGAGUCACCUCGACCUGGUACUUUACGCCAAUGAUUCAAGCCACCACGGAAGACAUGCGCAUGGUUCCCGUCAGUGCCGCCAGAAACAUUGGUCUUGGUCCACUGACUGGAAUCGUCGCGAUCAGUGGUGCAAUCAUUGCAUUCGCAUUCGAGAUCGAGAUAUAA